CCCGCACUCGCCCACGCCUCCUCUGUUCGUACGCUCGCGAUGACGACGUAACUUAGCAGCUUCAGCCCGUCAGCACCAUGUUGCAGGGCGAGCAGAGCGCGCGACGAUUCAGGAGUGGAUAUGUCGUCGAGCUCCAAGGUUACCGUCGAGUAUCAUGACGAGUCUGGAGUCUUUCCCCUAGUAUCGCGCGACAUAGCCGCCAGGCUUCCGCUGCGAAACCUCAACUGGCAGUCACCGCCUCGCCCACUCCGCCAGAUCAAGUCCUUGCACUUGGAUUUCGUGCCCGAUAAACAGACUCAGGCUGCUCUACGGCCCUCGUCACGCAGAGAUGAUGCUAUCGCGCCUCAGCGAAGUCUCGACAUUGCCACGGGAGGCGGCCAAACGGGCAAGGAGCGAAGGCACCAAAUCCCAGGCUUCCGGACAAGUCCAUACCUCAAACUCUAUGUGUUGAGAUGCGAUGAUAGUGAAGCCUACAAAGAGUUCGAGCGCAAAAGGAUACGCGAGUGGGUGAAGGAGGUCGCGCAGCCAGAGGGCAAGCAGGACCACGAUGCUCACGAAUGGUUGAUCUUGCACGUUGUUGUGCCCGACACUGUAGCGGCCAGCGAGCCACGAUGGCGGGAGAGUAGCAGAGACCCGGACGACCUCAAGGAGAGGAAAAGCGGCAACAAGCUCAUUGGCAAGGGCACGCGGACUGUAUUUGACCGAGUGCGUGCUGAUUUCAACGAUACGGGCAAGUCUGGCAUCGACCGCGUGGCUCAAAUCCGCAUCGUAAAGAAGGAGGCACCGGCGGACUUGCUUCCCACCCCAGCUGUUGCGCAAACAUACGAUGAGACUCCACAGGAGCGAGAGAACGCUUGGAGCGACCUCAUUUCGAAGCUCAAGUCGCUCAUUCUCGGUCCCUUUGACAGGCGAGUCCGACAGUAUGAAGCUGAUAUUGCGGAGCAGGAGGCGCGAAGGUCACUCCCUGGCUGGAAUUUCUGUACCUUCUUCAUCCAUAAGGAGGGCUUAGCCAUGGCACUGGAAAGCAUAGGCUUAGUAGAAGACGCUUUGGCAAUCUACGAUGAACUUUCGAUCGGGCUUGAGAUCGUUCUCCGCGAAUUGGCAACUGGCGUGGCUCGGGGAACAGCAACAAGCUUUGCAGAUCAUACGCAUGAUAUUAGGCGGAGAGUGAAAGGGCCAUCGAACGCCGACCGCAAUGGGGAUUCCAACGAGGCUGCAAACAGCAAACACGACACAGAGCUUCUUUUCAGCAAAGACUAUCGAGAUGGUAUCCUUCGGAGCAGCAUAUCUGUGUUCGACUUCAUGUGCUACAUUUUUCACCGACAAAAGGCUCUGAUACUGCGUCUUGCGAAUGCACAGUCCGCACGCCUGGAGCAAGAUGCGAAAGAGGGCGGCGAAGAUCUGGUCCUAACUGCAGAAGUAUGUUGGCGAGCUUCAAGCUUCGUUCACAUGGCAGCACGAGCGCUCAGACAGGACCAGGCUCGCAGUGCCGCAUCGUCCCUGGAAACAGAGUAUCUGGUCUGCUCGUGGACUUGGGCAGUAGCAUCUCAGGUCCUUGCUGAGACUGCGGUGCCAGCACUGAUAGAUGUCAUUGAUAGAGGGUUACGCCGAACCUCUAAUGGCAGCAUACGCAGGCCAGCAACGAGCACUGGUGUUGGCGCGAACACACACCCACAGCGGACGUCCAGUUUGCCUGAUUCUGAAGCCGCGAUCGAAUUGACACGUCCACAAAGCAGAAAACAAGGCUCUAAACCCUUUCGACCAGCGACGAGCACUGGCGUCGGUUCAAUAGGGCACGUCGGUCUGCCAGGCCAAGCGGACUUGGCAACGUAUCGGGCAGAAUUAAUCAUGAUGCAACGACGGGUACUGGUGCAGCUUGCUCGCACAUUCGGUUGGUGUGCCGGUUCAUCACUUGUCAGCCCUUCACGUGAUUCGCCCCUUGAGCAGCAAGGCGCCAAUGCCACGAAGACUACAGAAGACGAAGACUCGGGAAGCCUACCCCUGGACAUCCUGAGUCCAUCCCUGAAGGCAACAGUGGGCAACGAGCGAGACUUUGAGCGAAUGUACGAGCGGCUGACCGAUCUGGCCAUCAAGCAUUUUGGUGCAGCUACACAGCACAAGUCAGUGGAAAAAUUGUUGGGCGAUCUGGCGAUGUUGAAGUGCCAGCAGAACGAUUGGCUGAGCGCCACGACAUACCUCGAGCGUGUUGCUCCGCAAGAGGAACACGUCGGAUGGGACAGACUAGGCCUGGAGAGACUUCGUACCUAUGCUUAUUGCCUGAAGCAGCUGGGUAGGAAGCAAGACUUUGUUCGUGCGACGCUAGCACUGCUGAGCAAAGUUAUCCGGCGCCGAAGGACGAGCAAAGCGCUCAAUUUCUCAGGUAAUAGCAUCGCUACUAACACGAGCGAUUCCGGUAUCAAUGGCAGCUUCCAGGAAGCGAUUGAAGUGGCGGGUGAUCUUGACGCUGAAGACAUUCACCCACUCAAGGACUUCUUCGGCAACGUCGAAAUACAUCGCGUUGUAGACCAUGAUGCGGAGACUGAUGCAUUGACGCUGUCUCUCAACGUCACCCACUACCUUGACGAGGUAGUGACUUUCGAUGCAGUGAGCGUGCGCCUGGUUAACGUAGACGAUUCGACGCAAGAAGUAUGGCUCGAAAACGCCCAAUCGACUGCACUGCAGCCGGGAACGAACACUAUACAGCUCUUGUCAAGGACCAUAGCGUAUGGCCCGUACCUCAUCGACACAGUUGAAUUGAGGAUCAAGCAGCUGCGAUUCGUAGAGCACUUGCGUGCGACACCGGAGCCGACACCCUUGGGCAUCACUGUGGUCGACCCUACCACAACUAUCAGAGAUUCUACUAAACCACCUGCUUUCGUUUUCUUGUAUCCCCGGGCACAGGCAUUCUGCGCAACCGUCAAGAGGGCUCGCCAUACUCAUAUCGACAAGCCGCGGCAUCUCGAGGUCGCUUUGCAUGCUGGGCACAAUUCGGUCACAAAUGUUAAUAUCAGACUAAAGCCGGCAACAGCAGGGCUACGCCUUCACCUUGCAGACGCAAUUCUUCGCAAUAUUAAACUGGACAAUACUGCAGCCGUUAAAGCCGGACACCUCACCCUCGGAGAAAUGGCCGCCGAUAGUGAUGCUGAGGUACAAGUGCCAUACACUACCGAACAACCCACCAAGGAAGUGAUGUUCCGGAUGGAGCUUCAUUACACCACUCCACGAGGCACCUUUACGCUGAACCUCCCGAUCAAGUUGGCCAAUGAGCUGCCUCUCGAUGUAGACGUACACGAUGUGUUCCAGCUCGAUCGAUUGUACUCGAGCUUUACCGUGCGCACCACCUCACAAACACCACUGACCAUACUUGGCGCGGAGCUGGAUGACUCUCCAUUAUUCGCCGUGGAAGCGCCGCCUUCAUUGCCCCUACCUCUGACUGCAUUUGAGGCACAGCCCGUGAAACUGCUCUACAAGAUCACACGGAAGCACAACUCAGAACAAAAGGUUCUCAAACGCGACGCCGCCCUUGCGUUCAAGGUCCGGUAUGAAGCGAUCGAUGAACUUUUUUUGUCUCAUCUGGAAGAGCUCUUCACUGCAGACAUACGGCAGAGCGAUUUCAGCCAAUAUCGACGCCUGCUAGUUCCAUUGCUGCUCGAUCGUGCCCGUCAUAGCACCAUUGCCUCAGAUCUCGAGGCAUCGGCCCUCCUCCGCGAGACCCGUGUGAUCGAUUUCGAGACUGUCGGGUGGACCGAACUGAUUGCCACUCUGCCUGCGGAGCAAAGAGCACCAUUGGACGGUUGGCUCCGCACAUGGCACAACGAUCACAAGGUCCUCGCGCUUGACCGCACAAAUAUGGCAGAGUCGCAGUGUAUUACCAUCUCUGUCGAUGUGCCAAACGUCGACAUGGUGUUCAGUACUGCUCUGGAACUUCCGAGCAUGACAGGGCAAAUAUCGGACCCUAAAGUUCUCACUCUUGGAGAGGCCAUUACGGCCAAAGUGCUGGUGAGCCACACCUCGUGUUGGAGUGCCAGAGAGGUGUUCCCCCACGUUCCCACGUUCAGGAUACAUGGCGAAGAUGAGCGGAAGACCUUCGUAGUGCACAUCGAGAGUGAGGACGACACUUGGCUCAUUGGCGGGCAGAAACGACGACAUUUUGUGCCAGAGGCAGAUGCGCCGUGCACCUUCGACAUUGUGCUGAUUCCACUACGCGUGGGCCAACAGCCACUGCCAAUGAUAGACGUGCACCAAGAAGAGUUCAAGCACGAGAGUGAUGAGCCUGGGGAGCGGCCAACAUCAACGACCUGCGAAACGCACUACGAGAGCACUGGUGAACAGGUCCACGUCGUCAGACACGUACAGAAUACCACUGUGCACAUUCCCGAUACCACGUCGUCAGCCCUCGUGCUACCGUCAAGCAGUAGACCGGGAGCCAGCGGAACGAGUUGAGCUGAGCGAUCGAAAUGUCUGAUAUGAGCCUUAUACGAUAGAGACGCUGCUUGAAAAGGAUAGACAGGACCCUGCAAGAUACCCCUUGUAUUAUUGAUGAACUAAUGUUGAAGCGUUGUCUUGUCAGUGCAAUGAGAUCGAGCGCUUUGAGAACGCGUUGGUGAUGCGCUACCCCCGUGUUCCUCCUCCGCACCAUACUUGAACUCGGAGGCCGGCUGAUGAGCUAAAGCCCGCCAAACAAAUAUGUCGCUCUGGAGGUGACCUAUUUCGCAAUAGAACAAUAACUUAGUCUCCCAAAGUGCCGCGUCUGCCGUUCGAGCGAGCCUUUCGCAGAACGUGCGAUCGCCUCGCAAUAGUGUGUGCCGGCAGUCGCGAUAUACUGCCAUUCUUGCGAAUUAUAAGCACCAAACCUAACCCGCACU